UACACACCACAUGGAGAGGUUUCAAUUUAGAAAUAUAAUACUUUAUGUUAUAUGCAGAGGCUUUGGCUCACUUGGAGCCACCACAUUUCUUAUCAUGGAGUCUUAUAUACAGCACAGAAACAGACUCUUCAGUCAACCAGAAUACGAUAUAUUAUUGCUGAGUUAUAUGACAGGAAAUAUGUUGUCUUAAGCAGCAUACAGUUCAAAGACAAAAAAUUACAAUGAAUUACAGUUCUGUUCAGAUCCCAUUUAGAACCACACAUGUCCUUUCAUGCUGCUGGGAUCCAAACAGGCUUGACAAUAUAUUUCAAAUGUGUUCCUUGUUCUGGAUUCUCUCUCCACCAGUUUUGUUCCAUUUGUCAUCACUGAUGAGGCAAGGAGAGCAAGACCAGAUUGUUGUCCAAACCUGAUGCUUCGCCUAAACUCACUCUUGAGGAGGUUUACCCACCUGCCCCUGAAAAAGAUCCAAAGACAUUCUUUUGAAGGACUUAGAGAUAUCAUAAGAAUUGAUAUUUCGCAGAGUGAUUCCUUGGAGAGAAUUGAAACUCAAGCGUUUGUCAAUCUUCAGGACUUAGUAGAACUUUCAAUUCAGAAUACAAAACAUCUGGUGAAAAUUGACCAAGAAGCUUUCAGGAACCUACCACGGCUGAGAUACUUGAGCAUUUGCAACACUGGGGUAGGAUUUUUUCCUGACCUGACCCAUAUCCACUCUAUUGCAUCCAGUUUUAUUCUGGAAAUAUGUGAUAACUUACAUCUUUUAUCAAUCCCAGAAAAUGCAUUUCAGGGAAUGAACAAUGAAUCCUUGACACUGAAGCUGUAUAAAAAUGGAUUUGAAGAUGUGCGGAGCCAUGCAUUCAAUGCAACAAAACUGGAUAAGUUAGAACUUAAUGAUAAUAAAAAUCUAAGAAUAAUACACAAUGAUGCUUUCAAGGGAGCUAUUGGACCAGAUGUAUUAGAUGUUUCUUCAACUGCACUUGAGUAUCUUCCAUCUAAUGGGCUGGAGUUUAUUCAAAAACUGACUGCGCGCUUUACGUACUCGCUGAAAAGAUUCCCAGCUCUGGAAAAGUUUGUCAAUUUGAUGGAAGCAAAUUUGACGUACCCCAGCCAUUGUUGUGCAUUCAAAAACUGGGAAAAAUCAAACGGACAGAAUUCCAUAUCCAUAUUUUUAUACAACUUUUUGAAGUCAUGUGAAGCUCCAACAAGAAAAAAAGUGGGACAAUGGAGCAUACAGGAUUUUUCUGCUGGCACGAAGAAAUACUCUUCCUCACAGAACUAUUCAUAUUUCCCUGACAAUCUUGACGAUGGACAUGAACAGUCAGAAGAAAUCUAUGAAAAUGCAGUAUCAUUUGAUUAUGGAUUUUGCCAUGCCAAGGUAGACCUUGUCUGCACUCCAGAACCGGAUGCCUUCAAUCCCUGUGAAGAUAUAAUGGGAUACAAUUUUUUAAGAAUUCUGAUAUGGUUCAUUAACAUUCUUGCCAUUGUGGGUAACUUUGUCGUUUUUACUGUUUUGGUGGUUAGUCAGAAUAAGCUUACAGUUCCACGAUUCCUUAUGUGCAAUCUUGCUUUCGCAGACCUCUGUAUGGGUCUCUAUUUGCUACUCAUUGCAUCUGUUGACCUGAGCACCAAGAGUCAGUAUUACAACUAUGCAAUAGACUGGCAGACUGGUGCGGGGUGCGCCAGUGCUGGUUUCUUCACUGUUUUUGCAAGUGAGCUCUCUGUGUAUACACUAAUGCUGAUCACUAUUGAGAGAUGGCAUACAAUUACCCAUGCUAUGCAAUUGGACAGAAAAAUACGUUUGAGGCAUGCUGUUAUGCUUAUGUUUGGAGGCUGGGUAUUCUCUCUAGUUGUAGCAAUAUUGCCACUUGUUGGUAUCAGCAAUUACAUGAAAGUUAGCAUCUGCUUGCCAAUGGAUAUAGAAACUCCAGUUUCCCAGGGCUAUGUUAUAUUCCUAUUAGUACUGAAUGUUAUAGCCUUUAUUAUCAUUUGUAUAUGCUAUAUCAAAAUAUACAUAGCUGUGAAAAAUCCUGAUUUUGUUUCUAAAAGUAGUGACACAAAGAUUGCCAAACGAAUGGCGAUACUAAUCUUUACAGACUUUGUCUGUAUGGCUCCCAUAUCAGUUUUUGCUAUUUCAGCAGCUUUUAAGUCUCCACUUAUUACAGUUACAAAUGCUAAAAUUCUGCUGGUAUUGUUUUACCCACUGAAUUCGUGUGCUAAUCCAUUUCUCUAUGCCAUCUUCACAAAAGCAUUCAGAAGGGAUUUCUUCAUUUUGUUGAGCAAGUUUGGCUAUUGUGAAAUAAAAGCUCAGGUUUAUAAAACUGACAACUCAAAUUCAAGGAGUGGCACUAAAGAAAGUUUAGGUGCAGUAAUCAAGCUAGCAAAAUUUGAUGAGCAAGAUUUGCCAGCCAACACAACUGCUAAAUAUUGUUGCAAAGAAUGUUAGUAACAUUUAAUAUUUUACAGUCUCUUUCCUUCACCACUGAAGGUGCUAUCUCAUGUGGGCUGCAUCUACAGGUAUCAGCAACAAUCUGGUACCUCUCCUUGGUGUCCAUUUUAUCAAUGUGAGCCUUGGUACACUAGUUAAGGGUUCCAGAACUGAAAACUGAUGUAGCAAAGAGAGAAAGGAAUGCUGGUUGAUUUUCCAGUUCCUAACCCAGGAUAGCAAUUUGCCAGAUGGUAGAGUGAGUGAAGAUUAUAAAACAUUCAAGUCUGAAAUCACUAAUAGAUCCGUUCCCAAUUGAAUAUCAGAAUAAUUUACAAAAAAAAGCACAUUUUUACUGAAAGAACAAAAAUAAGGAAAUAUUUUUUCAUUAAUACUAUUUUAAUGCACUUUACACUCAA